UGUUCUCGACUGUCAGUCCUCCCUUCCCCACAAGCAAGAGUCUUUACUUCCCGGCCAUUACCAUGAAGAACGACAAGCCAGAAGAGGAUGAGAUCCCUCAGUUGCAGCGGCCCCCAUCCCCGCCGCCGCACACAACGUUCGCGACCCGCCAAAUACAUCCCCCCUCGUUCUCCGCCUUCAAGCCGCGCGACUACCGGUUCACCGGGCAGGCGCGUAGCAUGUCGCACGUUGCGUGGAGCUGCGAUGGGAAGCGUAUAGCAGCUGUGGGGCUCGACAAGAUGGCACGCGUAUGGAAUGCGGACAAGCAGCUCGAACCUCGAUUGGCCACGCUUUAUAGUGGAACUCAUACUGAUGAGGUCAACUACGUUUCCUGGAACCCAACACAUCCAGAUAUGUUCUGCACGUCAAGCGUGGUAGAUCGCAGAAUAGUAUUCUGGGAUGCUCGACAAAAAAGCCGCUCAAUAACACACGUAACCGUCCCUCACGGUCCCAUCAUGACGAACUACUCCCCAGAUGGCAAACACCUCCUCUACACCUACUACAAGCCCGCCACCGACGACGACCGCAUCGCUCAGUACCAGGUCUCUUUCCUCACCAAUAGAGGUACCAAUGACUGGGAAAUGAUGAAUACGCCGACAACGAAGGGCUCGAGGGGGAUCUUCAGCAACGCUGGCGACGCGGUGAUCGUGGCGCAUACUGGGAUACAUAGCCUGGACGUGUACAAUUUUCCGGAGAUGUCGCAUUUUGAGACGGUGUCAGCGCAUGUGGGCGGGUCGACGUCGAUUGCGAUGGAUCCGAGGGGAAGAUAUCUUGCGUCGGGAGGCCUGGACGCGAUUGUCAAUCUCUUUGACCUCGACGAGUGGAUAUGCGCACGAACAGUAACUUCUUGCGAUCACUCCAUAAACGCUGUAAGCUUCUCGUUCGACGGCGAAUACCUAGCCAUGGCAACCGCUGGGUCCUACAUCGACAUCUGCGCGACCGAGACCGCUGCCCCUCUACACCGAGUCGCCUCCCCGGGCCCCGCACCGACAGUAGCAUGGCAUCCUUCGCAACACGCGAUCGCCUACUGCUCGAAACCGAAGGUCGGGCGCGAGAAUCCUACUUCGGCGUUCGCGUACGUUAGUACCUUUGGUGUGAUGGAGUAGGGUAGGUAGGCGUUCGCGAUGUAGACAACUGCAAUUGCGCAACCAGACCAUACUUGCGACUUGCUGUCAUUCUCGUC